AUGGAUGAGAAAAGAGGGGAGGGAGAGAUUAAAGGUGGGACGGAGGAAAUAUCAGAGAAGGGGCCGGGAGAAAUUCUGGAGUUGUUUGGCUGUCAGGAUGAUAUAACAAGGGUCCUUAAUGCCCAGAAAGCCGGGUACAAGGCAGCCAUUGUUCACAAUGUGGAAUCUGAUGACUUAAUCAGCAUGGGAUCAAAUGACUUGGAUGUUAUGAAGCAGAUCGAUAUCCCCUCUGUGUUUGUGAGCGAGGUGACGGCCAACUCUCUGAAAGACGACUUCACGUAUGACAAGGGGGGACACGUGGUCCUCAUGCCAGACUUCAGUCUGCCACUGGAAUACUACCUGAUCCCCUUCCUCAUCAUUGUGGGAAUCUGCCUCAUCCUCAUCGUUGUGUUCAUGAUCACCAAGUUUGUCCAGGAUCGACACAGGGCUCGGAGGAGUCGCCUGCGGAAAGAUCAGCUAAAGAAACUUCCCAUCCACAAGUACAAGAAAGGGGACAACUACGAUGUGUGCGCCAUCUGCCUGGACGAAUAUGAAGAAGGGGACAAGCUCCGAGUCCUGCCUUGUUCUCAUGGUGAGUCUGAAUCCUGCGCUGUAGAUCAACUGUUUACCUUUGAGUGAAACCAAACUCAACAC